AUGUUCAGUCGAAGAGAUGCCUUCGAACCGCCUCCUCUGCGCUCGCCAUCGCUUCACAAUCUGUCGGAACUCGGCAGACAGCAGCAGCAGGACUCCGGACAACUUUAUACGAAGCGCGUAGAUCCUGGCGUCUCCAAUCCGGCACGGUUAUUAAUUCCAGGGCCUCGUGAGCUCACAGACGCGAGCCAUCGCAACGAUGACGCUCCCAUGAGUUAUAGCUUCGAAGCUUCUGCACGCCGUGACAUUGAAGGUCCUGGACGUUACGACGUUGAAACUCAUGGACGUCACGACGUCGAAGCUCUUGGGCGUCAAGAUUUUGAAGCUCCUGGACGUCACGACUUUGUAUCUCCAGGACGCCAAAACUUAGAACCUCCUCGACAAAACGAAUAUGAAGAUCCUGAGCGCAACGACUUCGAAGCUCCUAAGCUCCUGGACAUCGCGACUUCGAAGCUCCUGUACAUCGCCACUUCGAAGCUUCUGGACACCACGAAACGCCGCGACUUCGAAGCUUCUGAACGCCGCGACUUCGAAGCUUCUGAACGCCGCGACUUCGAAGCUUCUGAACGCCACGACUUCGAAGCUCCUGGACGCUGCGACUUCGAAACUCCUGGAUGCCGCGACAUAGAAGCUCCUGGACGCCGUGACUUCCACGAUUAUGGGCGCCACGAAUUUGAAGCACUUGGUCGUAGCAACGUUGAAGAGCCUGGACGCUGCGACUUCGAAGCUCCUGGUCGUCGCGACUUGGAAGCUCCCGAAUGCCGUGACUUCGAAGCUCCUGGACGUCGUGACUUAGAAGCUCCCGAAUGCCUCGACUUCGAAGCUCCUGGACAUCGCGACUUCGAAGUUCCCGGUCGCCGCGACUUCGAAGCUCCUGGACGCCGCGACUUCGAAGCUCCUGGACGCCGCGACUUCGAAGCUCCUGGACGCCGCGACUUCGAAGCUCCUGGACGCCGCGACUUCGAAGUUUCUGGACGUAACGAAUUUAAAACUCUUGGACAUGGUGAUUUAAAGGCAAAUGAAUCAAACAGCGCCACUUUAGAACAUGAUUGUGGAUCGCCGAGUGGGUUCGGUGAAACUCGUGUUCAGACCAGGCUAUCGUCAAGAGAGGUAACAGAUAGUGCGCCUAGUCGUGAAAGCUAUGGUAAGUUUUCAUUCAAAAGUAAUGACUUACGAGGACCUUCAACGAGAGACCGCCAUUCUCUAGGUCAUGGAUACGCUAUGACAGUUUCGCCUGACAGGUGGAAGAAUCACGAGUUGGGCUCAACUUUGCCCAUGGAUAGUAUCCCUCGUACGGUAAAUUAUGGAUCCCUCACGAAGUUAGAACAACAAAAUAGUUUGGAUUUACAACCUUCAUCAAAACCAGAUUUGAAAAUUCUUAUGGACCGUUUUUCAGAGUUGGGUGGUCUGGAUAAUGUCUUGAAUGCGGGACUCGUUACUCAAGAUUUGGCCAGCUCUUUCCACAAAUUUAUCACUUCGCAGGAGCCUUAUUCCUCUACGUCGCUACGGAAUAACGAUGGUCGAGCCAGCAACGUAAGAUCUGUUGGUGAUCGACUAGAUUCUAGAAUUGACGAUAAAUUCAAAUCUGGCGUCGAUACUUUGUCAGAACGAUUAGAAGUUGUAACAACAAAUCCUAGAUCGCAUGUUAACAGAUUUGGAGACAGUGGUAAUUUGCACGAAUCGCCCAAUUAUGAUCAACAUCGAUCACAUCCUGGAAUGAUCGUGGAAGAAAGCAACCAGAGGAAAAUUCGUGGUUCAGAUUAUGGUCUUCCGCAUAGUAACCGUCUGGAAAGGCAGUCCAGGCAUAUGGUUGCAUGCGAAACUGAGAAUCGAGCAGAAUUUUCAAGCACCGUUCAAGAGAGGGCUGAACCUGUUUGUGAACUGGGUAGAUUGACGAAACGCGUUGAUUCGGCAAUGAAAAAUAUUGAACGACGUUCGACGAUACAUGAAUCUAGUGAUGGGUCUGCCCGGAAAGAUCGUACUGUUAAUUCUGAAGCCGAUACAAGGCAGGUAAAACAGAAUAGGAUUUCGUUGCCCAAUGAGCUCGUUUCGAGGCUGGAUGGUAGUAAGGAUGUUCUUCCCUACGCCACUCGGGGCAAUAAUGUGCUACACAAAUGUGUUGUGAACGACUACAAACAUUACGAAACAAGACUAGAUAACUAUCAUGAUGAAACACCUAAUCAGAGGGAAAUUUACGCGUCCCCACGUUCGUUCGAGAAGCCGGAAUUGUCCCAUGGAGUGCACGGCUUGAAAAAUUCAUCAGCGCUGCAUUCAAGUCAUUGCAGAGAUCAUUUUGUUAGAUCAACGUCGACCGACAACGCAUUUGAACGUAACGAUUCGAGCAAUGUUCGAGUCUCUCGCUCUCGAGCGACCGUUCGUGAACGUCUUGAUAAGUCGGAUACAACACUUGAGAGAGAUACGGAUUCGAGAAAAUCAUCGUUGCAGACAAAUGCUGCAGGUGAAGGGUCGAGUCAUGUUAACCGUCGUGCUGCUCUGCCUUUAGAUAGCCGGUCAUCGCCUGUUCCGAAAGACUGUUCCCCUUCUCGUAUCAGAAAUGCACCAUUUAACACAAAACGUAGCACUUCUCCUGAUAGACAUGAUCGUACAAUUUUUUCUUCAAGGCGAGUGGCUUCUUUCCGUUCACGCAGCAAGUCACCUGCUUAUAUUCGGAGCAGGUCUCCUGUCCGCAAGCGAAGUAAGUCGCCUCUUCGCGUGAUUGGCGUGUCGCCUCGUCGCUUAGAGAGUAAGUCUCCACGUCGUUUUUAUAGCAAGUCUUCUUUAAGGGCACGAAAUAGGUCUCCUCUUAGUCACCGAAAUGAGCCGCCCCGCAGCUUACGCAACCAAUCACCUCUACAACUACGAAGCAGGUCUCCUUUGCGUUUGAAAAGCAGUAUUCCUUUGAAUUUGAGAAGCAGGAGUCCCUUGCGUUCGAAGAGCAGGAGUCCUUUGCGUUUGAGAAGCAGGAGUCCCUUGCGUUCGAAAAGCAGAAGCCCUUUGCGUUUAAGAAGCAGGAGUCCUUUGCGUUUGAGAAGCAGUAGUCCUUUGCGUUUGAAAAGCAGGAGUCCUUUGCGUUUGAGAAGCAGGAGUCCUUUGCGUUUGAGAAGUAGGAGUCCUUUGCGUUUGAGAAGAAGAAGUCCUUUGCGUGUGAGAAGCAGGAGUCCUUUGCGUGUGAGAAGCAGAAGUCCUUUGCGUUUGAGAAGCAGGAGUCCUUUGCGCUUGAGAAGCAGGAGUCCUUUGCGUUUGAGAAGCAAGAGUCCUUUGCGUUUGAGAAGCAAGAGUCCUUUGCGUUUGAGAAGCAAGAGUCCUUUGCGUUUGAGAAGCAAGAGUCCUUUGCGUUUGAGAAGGAGUCCUUUGCGUUUGAGAAGCAGGAGAUCUUUGCGUCUGAGAAGCAGGAGUCCUUUGCGUUUAAGAAGCACGAGUCCUUUGCGUUUAAGAAGCACGAGUCCUUUGCGUUUGAAAAAUCAGGCUUCUCUCUGUCUACAAAAGCGAUCUUUACAUCGUCCACGCAGUAAGUCUCCACUCAAUCGUAGAAGUGGUCUGAGUCCUAUUUUACGAACUUUGUCUCCAAAGCUAGAUUCCGUAGCAGUUAUGAAUACGUAUGAUUUAUCACUUGCAAGACGGCUCUCUCCCAAUAUUAGCGAGUUUAUUGUACCCCGAACGCCUCCGGAUUCUUCUCUGCAACGAUUGCCUGCUGGAUCAACACGCCGACCAUUGCUGUGUGCUUCCAAUUCGUCGUAUCUUGCAGAAAAGGCGUCGCUUAGACUAUCUCGGUCACCUCGCCGAUUGCCAGCGACCAGAACGUCAUUACAUUCGUCUCCAAGAAGAUCGCCCCUUCGCUUGUCCCCUCGCCGGUCGGACUUGCAUUUAUCUUCUCGAAGUUCACCUCUUCGCUUGCCCCCAAAAUCAAGAAUACGUUCGUCUUCUCGAAGACUAACUUCUCGUUUGUCUUCGACAAGACAUGGGAGAGUUUCUCCUUCAAGAUUAUCACCAAAGCGCUCUCCGAUACGGUUUUCGCCGACAUUUCGUGAGCGUAAAACUUCAACUUCACGGUUGUCUCCCACUGUUGUGAACGCUCAGAAUCCUCCUCGACGUCGAUCUCCCCUGACCUUAUCAAGUAGGCUCGAGAAAAAGUCCUCACAUUUGCGAACUGAAGAACUUGGUUCUGCCCACGAACAUGAUCGCUCUCAACCAUCCGUACCAAGACCUUUGCCGACUCACGGCAGAGUACACUUGCGACUGUCCCCGAGGAGGUCCCCACGCAGCUCGUCACUUCCUCGUAGAGCAACAGAAUUUUCCCAAUCUGGGCCUGGCGAUAGAAUAAGUGAUCGUCUAGAAACAGAUCUUCGAGAAAAUCGGCCUACUCCACAUCAAAUGACAGUUUUACAGAGUGAAAAAGAAGCAAACUCUGGUGUGGAUCCAAACAAGAACAAUAAAAAACUAGACUCUCGUCGAACCUCACAGUCGCAAAGUGUGAAAGAGAAAUCGGCCGAGACUAGUCGCAAAAAACCGGUCUUUGACAGGCUUUCAGCGAGAAAUGAUACAGAAUCGGCUUUACGAAAAGAUCAUAACACUGCAAAUGAAGGAUCGAAGCUAAGAAUGACCCCUUCCAGUGCCAGUGGAAAUUCCUUUCAUGUGAAGGAUCGUUUGGGUGACAAAGAAAUUAUUUCGAAGCGUGAUGAAGAUAAAGAGCAGGAGCCUGUCAGGAAAGCUACCACGAUGCAACCCGUCGCCACAAUUCAGAAAUCAAGUGCGACCUCAACUGAGAAAAAAUUGUCACCUGAUGGUAAAAAUUCAUCAACUCAACCUAAGAAGCCUAAAGGUGAUCAAACAAAUACUUUGGUGCCACCGAAAAAGAAAAAUUUCGUCCCAAUCGUGUUCUCAGCUAAAGACUUUGAAAGCGAUUCCUCUUCAAAAUCUAACAAUGCUGUAAGUAAUAAAGAGAUAGAAAACAAAACUGAAUCCCAAUCACGCAAACGAAGCGAUUUGCCUCGUCGCCGUCUCGGUUCCGACAGUCACAGGCGUACGCUCUCGACCAGCCAAUCGAGGACUGUCCAAAAUAAACGGACUCCUCCUCGAAGAAAUGCUGCCCGUGAGUUGGGCUCUCGGGCUUCUGGAUCCGCUCGUAGCGCCAGCAAGAAGGACCUAAAUCAUAUGUCAGUUUCUGAACUUAGAGAAGAAAUUAUCAAAUGUGAUGGCGAUAUGCGUGCCGCUCUUGGAACGAAUUGUUGUCAAAGCCUUAGGCUGCUGCUUCUGCAAGCCAAAGAGGCCCAAGUAGAGCGCAAGCUGCGUAGACUUGAUGCUCCUAGAAUUGACUUUUAAGCAAGGAGCGGGUAUGUAACCGAUGUUUGCCAGCAUUAGGUUUCUAGGUUCGAUGAAACCUCUAUUACUAUUUUAAAACCUUUCUGUUGAAUCAUUUGGGUUUUGUAAACUCAUUCGUUGAAUUUAUUUUUCAAGGUUAUUUAAAUGAACUAACGUUUCUCUGUUUUACUCAUUAGAUUAACCUAUUGCAAUGUGUCGCAUUGCUGACUCUAAAGUAAUUAAGUUUCUGUGUAUUAAUUUCUCCAUUAUUUUAGUCUCAAUGUUGAUGACUAUGUCCUCUAAUUGACCGAUCGCUUGCUAUAAAACUUCAAAUACAAGCAAAUUUUCAAAGACUGUAGAAGUUAAACGAUUUUUUUGAAUACUUGACUUUACGUUUGGUUUGUAUUGAUUUGUUGGGUAGAUAAGAUGAGAAAUUAGACCAUGAUUUCAUACAGAAGGUAUUGGGUUAACAGAAACUUCUUAUGUUUGUUUAACAUUUAACAUGACGUUCUAACUUGUUUUUUUUUUUUUUU